GCGGGGCAGGAGGAGGGAAUGAGCGAGGAGGAGGCGGAGGAGCCUUGCGGGAGCGCGAGGAGCUGCGGCGGCUUCCCCAGUAUAGAGCAAAUGCUGGCGUCCAACCCUGGCAAGACCCCUAUCAGCCUGCUGCAGGAGUAUGGGACACGCAUAGGCAAAACCCCUGUGUAUGAUCUACUGAAAGCCGAGGGACAAGCACACCAGCCCAACUUCACCUUUCGCGUCACUGUUGGAGACAUCAGCUGCACCGGCCAAGGCCCUAGCAAAAAGGCAGCCAAGCACAAGGCAGCAGAGGUGGCACUCCGGCUUCUCAAGGGAGGAAACAUGCUGGAGCCAGCAGCAGUGGAAGAAGCCAGCUCUCCUUUCUCUCUAGAGCCCUUGGCUCAGACCACCGCUCCAGUCAACGAGCCUGUACCCACCUUGCCGGUUGCGUCUCCCAGAAGUUCCGCAAUAGACAUGAAGCCCCCAGUAUCACCACAGCAGUCGGAGUGCAACCCGGUUGGCGCACUGCAGGAGCUGGUGGUGCAGAAGGGCUGGCGGCUCCCCGAAUACACUGUUACUCAGGAGUCAGGGCCUGCCCACCGCAAGGAAUUCACAAUGACCUGCCGGGUUGAAAGGUUUAUUGAAAUAGGCAGUGGCACCUCCAAAAAACUGGCCAAGCGCAACGCCGCAGCCAAGAUGCUGGUGCGGAUUCACAACGUGCCUCUGGACCCGCGAGAGGGCAGUGAGGCCGAAUUGGAGGAAGACCAGUUCUCGAUUAUUGCAGGAACCAAGGUGGAUGGAGGAAAGGGUCGGGGGUCUGGCUGCACCUGGGACUCUCUGCGCAACUCAGUGGGGGAGAAGAUUCUGCACCUCAAAAGCCAUCCCCUGGGAGUGCUGAAUGCUGGGUUCUGCAGCCUCUUGCAGGAGCUGUCCGAAGAACAGAGCUUUGAUAUUAGCUACCUUGACAUUGAUGAGAUGAGUUUAAGCGGCCUGUACCAGUGCCUGGUGGAGCUCUCAACACAGCCAACCACGGUGUGCCACGGCUCGGCCAUGUCCCGCCAUGCCGCGCGUGCAGAUGCUGCCCGCAAUGCCCUUCAGUACCUUAAGAUCAUGGCAGGGGGCAGGUGAGGCCACACGGAAGACUCUGGGCACCCGGGAACCCCCCAAACAGCUUG